GGGGCGCGCGAGAGGGAGAUGGGGAAGCGGAUGCGGCGCGGCGGCGGAGGGGGAGGAGGGCGGCGGUCGCCGGCGUCGUCGGGGCUCCGAUUAUCCGGCGAGCUCCGACGCCGUAUCGCGGCGGCGGGGCUCGAGGGCGCUGCCGCGGAUGUCGCCGCGGACCAGCUCCGGUCGCAGUACCCCGAGUACGGGCGCAUCAAGCUCCAGCCCUUCUUCGCCUGCGUCAGGGAAGCUCUAGACUCCCUCUCCGCCGCCGCUGACGACGAUAGUACCGGCGACGAGGACGACGGCGGCGGCGGCGGCACGAGCUCUCGGAAGCGGCCGAGCCGCUCCGACUCCUCCGAGCAGCGGCUCCUCCGCGCCGAGGCCGAGCAUCUACGCCGCAGGCGCCAGAUCGAGCGCCCGGACCCCUCCGACGACUCGACGUCUACGUCGGAUGAUUCGGUGUACGAAGAUAGGGUUGAUCCAGUGUUCGACAUUACCAAAUCCAUGCUCAGGAAUAGCUACAGCAAGAAGAAGCCACCAAUCAAGCCAAGUAGGAAGCAAAAGGAUGCAGAAAAAGAAGAAGAAGGAGAAGAAGAUAACAUGGAGAUCGAGGUGGCGUCGGAGAAGCCGAGGAGGAUGGCGACGGCCGACGGGAGCGGGACCGAGACCCCUGUGGCGGAGAAAUCGAGAAGGGGAGGUGGUGGUGGUGGUGGUGAGGGAGAGAACGGAUGGCCGAGAUUUCGCGAUCUCGGGGGGAUGAAGAGUGUGAUCGAGGAGCUGAUGAUGGAGGUGAUCGUGCCGCUGUGCCAUCCGCAGCUGCCGAGGUGGCUCGGUGUCCGGCCGAUGGCCGGGAUCCUACUACACGGCCCGCCCGGGUGCGGGAAAACCACGCUGGCCCACGCCAUUGCUAACGAGACCGGCGUGCCGUUUUACAAGAUAUCGGCUCCGGAAGUGGUAUCCGGCGUUUCCGGUGCUUCAGAAGAAAACAUCAGAGACCUUUUUAAGAAGGCGUACCGUACUGCUCCUUCAAUUGUGUUCAUUGACGAGAUAGACUCUAUCGCAUCCAAGAGGGAAAACCUGCAAAGGGAGAUGGAGAGGAGAAUAGUCACACAGCUAAUGACAUGCAUGGACGAAUUCCACCAAGCACUUGAUUCGGGUGAUGCUAAUUCAGAUGCAGACUCAUCUGAAAAGAAACUUGGUUAUGUUCUCGUCAUUGGGGCCACUAACAGACCUGAUGCAGUGGACCCUGCAUUGCGAAGGCCUGGCAGGUUCGAUCGUGAGAUAGCCUUAGGUGUCCCUGAUGAGAAUGCACGAGUAGAGAUACUGUCUAUGCUUACUCGUAACCUUAGACUUGAGGGUCAGUUCAAUCUAUUCAAGAUUGCUAGAUCGACGCCGGGUUUUGUGGGAGCUGAUUUAAAAGCACUGGUGAAUAAAGCUGGAAACCUGGCAAUGAAGAGAAUAAUUGAUACAAGGAAGUCCCAACAUGUCAAUGGAAUUGAAGAAAGAAAUACAGAAGAUUGGUGGAGGCAACCUUGGGAUGCUGAAGAAAUGCAGAGCCUCAGUAUCACCAUGGCUGACUUUGAGGAAGCAGCUAGAAUGGUUCAACCCUCUUUGAGAAGAGAAGGGUUUUCCUCGAUACCUAAUGUUACAUGGAAGGAUGUUGGCGGUCUUAAUUCGCUAAGGAAAGAGUUCAACCGUUACAUUGUUCAACGGAUCAAAUGCCCAGAAGAUUGUAAGGAAUAUGGAUUGAAUAUGGAGGCUGGGUUUUUGCUAUUUGGGCCUCCAGGUUGUGGUAAAACAUUGAUUGCAAAAGCAGUUGCAAAUGACGCAGGGGCUAGUUUUAUACACAUCAAAGGGCCUGAACUGUUGAAUAAAUAUGUUGGUGAGAGUGAGGCAGAAGUUAGAAGAAUAUUUACCCGAGCUCGGACCAACUCGCCAUGCAUACUGUUCUUCGAUGAGGUGGAUGCUUUGACGACACGACGGGAUAAAGAGGGUGGGUGGGUCGUUGAGCGGCUCCUGAACCAGCUACUCAGUGAGCUUGACGGUGCAGAUCAGCGGCAAGGCGUUUAUGUUAUCGGAGCUACAAACAGAGUCGAGGUGAUGGACCCCGCCCUCCUUCGACCAGGAAGAUUUGGGAAAAUCCUUUAUGUGCCUCUUCCUAGUGCCGAUGAACGUGUUUCAAUUUUGAAAACACAUGCUCAGAGCAAGCCUAUCGCUGCUGAUGUUGAUUUUGACACUCUAGCCUGUAGGGAGGAGUGCAAUAAUCUCAGUGGGGCUGAUCUAGCCGCUCUGGUAAAUGAAGCGGUCAUGGCCGCAUUGGAAGAGAAAUGGGAUCGCAUGGAUCGAGGCGAAAUAAGCGAUUCUCCGCGGCUUAUCACGCCAUUGCAUUUUGAGCGAGCUUUGGCGAAGAUAAAACCAUCCGUCUCAGAAAAGCAAAGAAGAUACUACGAAUCAUUAUCCCAGAAAUAUGGAGCCGCUUGAGAAUACGAUUCACUUGUCGAUGACACCAGUAACCUCAGAACACGAGAUGGAAGAGCUCUCCCUGCGCCAUACAACUAUCAUCUUUUCAAAAGGCGGUUUUGUUUAUCACCCGAAGGCCGACCGUUGCAGUAACAACAUAUUUUUUCGCUGAAACCGGGAUCAAAAUCAUGCGUAUUCCACAUUUAUUUAUACUGAUACUGAUACCAAAAAGAUGCUAUUUUUUUUUUCUUUCUUUUUUCUUUUCCUUUUUUGAUGUAUUAUUGUAGAAUCAUUGGUUCUAAGGUUUCAUUAAACCUUAUACUACUUGUUCAUAAUCUUUUGUGUUAACACUGUAUUCGGUGUUUAUAUCAA